GUUCACAGGACUCUUCAGUCAUGCCAUUCAGGACUCAAAUAAAUACUUAAGUCAUUCACAGAACACGAACUAUCCAGCAGAGAAGACUAUCAGAGCCUCGCGAUCAAUUCCUCCUUCAUCUUCAACUUCGACCAUGACGAUCAACAAUAAGCCUCUCGUGGUCAUUGCCUGCGCAACAGCAUCUGGACACACACUCCCGCUCCUCCCCCACGCUGCCCACCUAACCAAACAAGGCUUUGAAGUCUCCUUCAUCAGUGGCCCUGACUUUGAAAAGUCCAUUCAAAAAACCGGCGCAACCUUCUACCCAACAGAGAACAUCUACACGGCCGAAACUCUCGAGACGCUAAAUGCGAUCCCUGAUGGCCCUGCACGCGCCAUAUUCGACAUCAAGAACAACUUCAUCAAUGUAACUGCAACCAGAAUGAAGACCUUGCAGACCGUGCUGGAGACACUCCGCGAGACACAUCCCACCCGGGAGGUAGUCAUCGUGCAGGAGCUCUUGUACAUGGGGACCUGGCCGUACAUCCUAGGGGCGCCUUUGCCAAAGGGGUACGAUCGAUUCCCCCGGACCAUUAUCUACGGCACCGGGUCACUGCUCAUCUCAAGUAUCGAUACAGCACCCUUUGGACCCGGCCUGCCGCCAGAUUCCAGCGAAGAGGGUCAUGCUCGCAACGCUGCUAUGUACGGCACCAUGAAGGAAAUGAAUGCCGAUCUCAUCGACUACGCCAACACCGUGUAUGCCGGGCUCGGCGCCACUGUCAAAGUAACCGAGCCGCUGUUCGACUUUUGGACCACGGGUCAUGGCAUCAUGCUGCAGCCAUGCUCCCCGAGCGUGGAGUAUCCACGCAGUGACCUUUCCCCCAAGAUCCGCUUUAUCGGUGGCACCCCGCGCAGGGAAGUCGAUCCGUCGAUGGCGCUGCCGAGCUGGUGGGAUGAGCUGGAGGCGAACCAGCAAACCGCAAGCCCGAAGAAGGUCAUCUUCGUCACGCAGGGUACAUUCCGCAUUGACUACAAUGAGCUAGUCAUUCCCACCAUGCAGGCUUUGGCUGAUCGAGACGACGUCAUGGUCAUCGGGGUGCUGGGCGUGAGAAAUGCGAGGUUGGAUGGCUUUGAGAUACCCAGCAAUGCCAAGGUGGUUGAUUACCUUCUAUACGACGCGGUACUGCCUUAUGUGGACGUAUUCGUGACCAAUGGGGGAUAUGGCAGCUUCACGCAUGGGAUCAUGAACGGGGUUCCCAUGGUCAUGGCUGGAACGGGUCAGGACAAAGCCGAAGUGUCGAUGCGCGUUGAAUGGGCGGGAAUUGGCGUUAAUUUGCGGACUGAUAGCCCUAGCCAGGAGGCUAUUCGGGAGGGGGUGAACAAGGUAUUGGCUGAUCCCAAGUACAAGGCUCGCUCUUUGGAGAUUCAGCGUGAGAACGAGGAGCUCGACUGCGCGGCUGCACUGGAGCGAUACAUCAUGGGAGCUGAGUAAUUGUCCGGAUUACAUGUUUAUACCCGGGCUUGGAAUUAGCAAAGUUAACUCCACCAAAGUUGAUCAUAAUUUUCUGCCACCUCUAAGGAAAUUGAAGCCAUCAAU